UGAAAUUCAAAGGACUUCACGCUCCAACGCCCUGCCGGCAGAGGUCGCCCGAGGACCGGUUCGAAGGGGGCGGGGCGGGGGCGGGGCCGCGAGAACUGCCAGACCAAUAAAAGCGGCGGCGCGCGGCAGCGGCAGACUCGACCCUCUGGGCGCGCGUGACCUUCGCUUCUUUUAUUUCCCCCUCUAGCACCGUUGGUCUCGUGCCCCGACCCGACCCGCGCCGUGAUGCUGGCGCUGCGCUGCGGCCCCCGCCUGCUCGGCCUGCUUUCGGUCCCGCGCUCCUUGCCGCUGCGCUUCUCCGCGGCCCGCGCCUACAGCGGCAGCAGCGGCCGGGACCCGUCCUCUUCUGCUGGGAACCCGCUAGUGUACCUGGACGUGGGCGCCGACGGGGAGCCGCUCGGCCGCGUGGUGCUAGAGCUGAAGGCCGAUGUUGUCCCAAAGACAGCAGAGAACUUCCGAGCCCUGUGUACCGGGGAGAAGGGCUUUGGCUACAAAGGCUCCACAUUUCACAGAGUGAUUCCAUCCUUCAUGUGCCAGGCUGGCGACUUCACCAACCACAAUGGCACAGGGGGGAAGUCCAUCUACGGAAGCCGCUUUCCUGAUGAGAACUUCACACUGAAGCACGUGGGGCCAGGUGUCCUGUCCAUGGCAAAUGCAGGCCCAAACACCAAUGGCUCCCAGUUCUUCAUUUGCACCAUAAAGACAGACUGGUUGGAUGGCAAACAUGUGGUGUUUGGCCAUGUCAAAGAAGGCAUGGAUGUUGUGAAGAAAAUAGAAUCUUUUGGCUCCAAGAAUGGGAAGACAUCUAAGAAGAUUGUCAUCACAGACUGCGGCCAGUUGAACUAACACCCUGCGGCCAGCGUACUAGGCUGGCAUCAGCUGCACAUGUGUCGACUCACCUAGGUGGCUGCUUUGGGCUCCCAGCAAAUUGCCCCGUCGAGUUGCCUGUGCUUGCUCCACCGUGGCCAUGUGCUCGAGAAAGCCCUCUCAGGAAUGUCAGACCUCCUCAGUACCCACCAGCCUGUUCCGCGGGCCCGCCUUUCCUCAUGACCCUGUUUCUGGACCCCUGUCUUGGACAUCAAGUCACUACUCCUCAUCACGCAUCAGUUGUGAUCAUUCAGCCCACGUUCGCCUAUGCCUUGGACAUUGGGGGGUGGUGAUGGGUUAGCAUCCAGUGCAGGUUCCUGCCUUGUCCUUGACCAACUAGGAAAGCCAGUUGCUGCAAAAAAUGCUGUUUUGUGUCUGUUUAAUGGUGUCUUUCUAAUUAGAAUAAUUUAAUUAACAAGAUUGCCUGGAGACGAAGCUGUGACACUAUCCCAUGCUGUGGUCUGACCUAAGUUGUUGGCCCAGGCCACAGAACUCCAGAGCAUGGCCUCUGGAAACAUGAUCAAGGCUUUGUGAAGGGACUCAUGGCUGAGGCCUUUUAUCCCAGCCACUGUGAAUCCUGUCAGUUUGCUGCUGUUGUUUUCUGAGGAGAAUCCCUGGGGGUAGAAGCAGGUGAACCUGGGAACAAAGCCACUGCGAACUGUGCCUACUCAAUGUGAAUCCCUGUGUGGAAAAGGAAAUGGCCUGUGAGUGCCGUGUGCUCAGGAGAAAAUAAACGUGUAUUUCCUGGUAGGCUUUGAUUUUUCUGUGUUUGAUAACUUAAAUCUACUUUUUAUGUAUAUAAUAUACUUUAGAAACAUUUGUUGAUGUUCACCUUAAAUAAAUCCUAUUUUCUAUAAA